AUGUCUCAAUUCGACCCCUUUACGCAAAACAUCACCAUACUUAUGCCUAAUGGCAACGGCACAGGAACAGUCCCAUUCAACAUAUCCAUCCCAACGAUCGAUCAUUCGUUCUACUACGCCGUCUCUGUCAGCAUGUGCUAUGGCUUCCAGAUUGGUGCAUGUAUGAUGAUGCUCCUAAUGGUACUGCUACUGACCAAACGCACCAAAUACAAGUCACCGGUGUUCAUUUUGAACGUUGUUGCUUUAGCCAUGGCAGUGGCCUCCCGGGCACUCCUUGCAGUCUUCUUCCUUUCCUCCUGGUAUGAAUUCUAUGCGUCUUCUACCAGCGACUGGAGCAGGGUCACAGACUCUGCCAAAGCGACCAGCGUUGCCAGCGCAAUUGUACCGCUGUUGAUUACCAUCUUGGUCAACUCCUCCCUGGUCCUACAGACGAGAGCAGUCGUGAUCGGAGUUCGCCCCCUCUACCGCCACGGAAUCAUUGCUAUAUCGGUACUUGUCCUGUUAGUGGCCGUGGGUUUCCGUUUCACGGAGAUGGUCACCAACGUUCGGGCCAUACUUUACCUAGAAACGUUCGACAGUUGGGUUUGGCUUAUCAAGGGUUCUCUUGCCGCGGAAAUGAUUUCGAUAUGGUUCUUUUGCUCCAUCUUCACUGCAAAACUCGUUGCCACAGUAGUUGCUCGGAAGAAAUUGGGUUUGCCACCAUGGAACCCUAUGUAUGUUCUUGCAGUGGCGGGCGGAUGCACAAUGUUCGUCCCUGGGAUUUUUGCCAUUGUUGAAUGUAUUAACCCACCCAACUUCCCAGAAGCCGGCUCUUUGGCAGUCAUCACAGUUGUCAUUCUCCUGCCACUUUCCAGCCUGUGGGCACAGUCGAACACCGUCAACCAAUCAGUUCCCCUCAACAUCCAGCAACAACUGUGGGCUUCGAAUUCAUCAAGAGGCGUAGUGUGUACCUGUGGUGGAAAGUCUACAAAUAUGUCAAUGUUUCCGUCAUCGGGCACUUCAGCAACGUACAGUUCCGUUGUCAGGACUGGCCAUCAUGAAACUCCCCGGCGUGAUAGCACGGAUGCGGAUCUCGAGUCUAUGGGCGUGAGGGUCCAUCGAACAUUCAGCGUCCGCAGUGCAUAA